AUGGCCAACCUAACAGAAAGACCGUUGUUUACGGACAAAGUCAACACAUUUGAUCCUCUUAUAGAUGCUGAUGUCUAUUUUUGGUUUACUUUAGUCCACGGAAUCAUUCAAGGCCUUGUCAGCUUGCUUGGAAUCAUCUUCAAUUCUGUAAACAUCAUUGUCUACAGCAAAAUGGGUCAAGGUGACUCUGUCAAUAUCGCCCUUCUAGCACUGUCACUGGCCGAGCUGGGCGGCUCCGUUGUCCUGCUGCUCAUAAGUUGCUUUAGCGUCCCAGAGUUGGCCUUGGGUUACCUCCCCGUUGUCUACAUGAUCAGUUGGCUUCACAUCAUCUUCUCCCGCAUCGCCAGCUGCCUCACCGCUUUUGUCACGCUCGAGAGAUACCUGUGCGUGGCGAUACCCUUGAAAGUGAAAGCUUUUAUUACUCCCGGGAGAUCGAGAGCUAUCGUUACCGUUAUUUUUGCGGGAGUGAUUUCUACCCUAUUUCCGCCGUGUUUCUCUAGGAAGAUAGAGUCUAUCAUGAUCCCCGAGACGAACAGAACCAUGCUAAUGUUUAUUUCAAAGGACCAGAACAGUAAAAGCAUGGAGAAUAUAGCUGUCACAGUGAACAAUUUGGCUUUGCUGAUGGCUUUCGCUGUGGUUCUUUUUUCCACAGUGCUCCUAGUCAUUACACUAAGAAAAAAUUCCAAAUGGCGCAGUGAAGUCACUUCCUCUUCGCGAGGCGACCUUUCUUCCACCAGAGAUCAGAAAGUCAUUAAGAUGAUAACUCUGAUUGCUGGAAUAUUUAUCGUGAGUUACCUGCCCGUUGUUGCCGCAGCCGCAGCUAUGUUAAGCGUCCCUGGAUACAGCGUGGAGGGAGAACCUGGGAAAUCACUUUCCUGCUGGAAGGCGUCAACGCAACCGCCAGUAUAUUCAUCUAUUUGA